AAACAAAUAAGAAUAAAGGUUGUAAAUCCUGCAGUAACAGUAGCAACUUACACUAAAGCAGAUGGCUCUGUCAACAAAAUAUUUCCAAAUAAGGCAUGCUUGCGAAAUCUAACAUACUCUUGCCUGAUAUAUGUUGACGUAAGUUGUGCAAUGGCUAUUAUCCCUUGGAACAAAGCAAUAUCAAGUACAUUUCAUAAAUUAUGUGAUAAGAAUGAGACUAUUUUCACGCAGAAAGUGUUCAUUAGAAAGAUCCCUGUGAUGGUUCGGUCCAUCUUUUGUAACUUACAUGGAAAAACCAAAAAAGAAUUGAUUAAUUUGAACAAAUGUUUGUAUGAAGGUGGUUAUUUCAUAAUAAAUGGAUCCGAAAAAGUAUUAAUUGCUCAAGAGCAACCAGCAAAUAACUACAUUUUCGUUUUCGAGAAGCUGUCACAUUCAAG